AUGGCCUCAGAGAUCCACAUGCCAGGCCCAGAGUGCCUUAUUGAGAACAUUAAUGAGUGAAUGUCAGUUAAUCCAGAAAUUGUGAAGAUCCUGUCUGCCAUUAAGCAGCCCAUUCUGGUGGUGGCUAUCGUGGACCUCUACCGCACAGGCAAAUCCUACCUGAUGAACAAGCUGGCUGGGAAGAAAAAGGGUUUUUCUCUGGACUCCACGGUGCAGUCUCACACAAAGGGCAUCUGGAUGUGGUGUGUGCCUCAUCCCAAGAAGCCAGAACAUACUCUAGUUCUGCUUGACACUGAGGGCCUGGGGGAUGUAGAGAAGGGAGACAACCAGAAUGACUCCUGGAUUUUUGCCCUGGCCGUUCUCCUGAGCAGCACCUUUUUAUACAACAGCAUGGGAAACAUCAACCAGUAGGCCAUGGACCAGCUGCACUAUGUGACAGAACUGACAGAUUGAAUCAGGGCAAAAUCCUCACCUGGUAAACAUGAGGUCAAAUCAGCUGACUGUGUGAGCUUCUUUCCAGACGUUGUGUGGACUCUGAGAGAUUUCUCCCUGGAGCUGGAAGCAAAUGGGCAACCCAUCACUGCUGAUGAGUACUAGAAGCUUUCACUGAAGCUAAAGCAAGGUACUGAUAAAAGAACUAAAAGCUUUAAUGAACCUCGGUUAUGUAUCCGAAAGUUCUUCCCAGAGAACAAGCGCUUCAUCUUUGACCACCUUUCUCAGAGGAAGUACCUCACCCGCCUGGAGCAGCUACAGGAGGAAGAUCUGAACCCUGAAUUCAGAGAACAAUUUGAAGACUUCUGCUUCUACAUCCUCAGCCAUCCCAAGGCCAAGACUCUCUCAGGGGGCAUCACAGUCAAUGGGCCUCGUCUAGAGAGCCUGGUGCUGACCUACAUCAAUGCCAUCAGUAAUGGGGAUCUGCCCUGCAUGGAGAAUGCAGUCUUGGCCUUGGCCAAGAUCGAGAACUCAGCCGCAGUGCAAAAGGUCAUUGCCCACUAUGACCAGUGGAUGGGCCAGAAGGUGCAGCUGCCCACGGAAACCCUCCAGGAGCUUCUGGACCUGCACAGGGCCAGUGAGAAAGAGGCCACUGAAGUCUUGAAGAACUCUUUCAAGGAUGUGGACCGAGUGUUACAGAAAAAAUUAGGGGAAGGGUUAGAAGCAAAGUGAGAUGACUUUUGUAAGCAGAACAUGAAAGCAUCCUCAGUUUAUUGCAUGGCUUUAAUUCAGGAUAUUUUUGGCCCUGUAUAUGAAGAUGUGAAGCAAGGAAUAUUUUCUAAACCAGGAGGUUAUCAUCUUAUUUGGAAGAAGGAGGAGCUAAAGGAUAACUACUACCAGCCCCCCCGAAAGGGGAUACAGGCAGAAGAGACACUGAAGAAAUCUUUGGAUUCCAAGGAAGGUGUGGCUGAUGCACUUCAACAUACUGAUCAGUCACUUACGGAAAAAGAAAAAGAUUGUAACGUGGAAUGUAUAAAGUCUAAAAUUGCAGAAGCUGCAAACAAAAUGUUGGAGGAAAUGCAAAAGAAGAAUGACCAGAUGAUGCAAGAGAGAGAAAACAGUUAUCAGGGACAUGUGAAAGAACUGACUGAGAAGAUGGAAAAGGAGAGGGCCCAGUUAAUGGCAGAGCAAGAGAGGGUUCUAGCCCUAAACUUCAGGUAUCCAAUUGAACAGGAAUGACUUCUCCUGGAGGGAUUCCAAAAGGAGAGCAAGAAACUUCUUAAAGAGAUGAAUGCUAUCCAGAUGAGAUACAGGGAAUCAUUCCCAAGGUGUAACAUACUCUAA